CUCACGAACAAAUCUGCCGCUGUGCACCAUCCACCCGCUGCACACGCUUUCGCUGCCGAAAAUAUCAUCCCCCUUGGGACCAACCAUCUUUAUAUACCAUGCAGUGCUAAGUUGCACCGUCUGAUCAUCGACUAUUCCCCGCCGAGGCAUCAGCCUAGCCAAAAUACCCCCUGAGCCUUGGCCGCAUAAGAGCCCAGGGGCACGCAAAACGAAACGCCGACACGCACCCGCACAAGGUCCCCGGCUUUCACUGCUCACCGAAAUCCAAUAAACCCGCUCCUCUAUAACGAGGCCGGUCUCCAGACCGCGAUCCUCACCUUGUCUUCAUCGCCAUGCAGGGCCCUAUGUCACUCCCGCCCUUUUCGCCAAACAUGUCUUCGGUCAGCCUCUUCUCCAACACAUCGACUUCGCCCUCACGGCCGACCACACGCGACGGCUCAGGCCUACCCCCUCCCCUGAGCGGCUCACAUCUAGGAACAUCAGCCCCCAACGUCCUCACAAAGGAGCGCAAGCUCUCCUUCUCCAGAAAAGCCUCGCUGUCUGGAUCGCGGAGGCGGGGUAGUACGUCCACAGCGGCCUCAUCGAAUGCUGUCGUGACAGAUGCUACCGCGCCACCGGCGCUGCCGGACUAUGCCUUGUCUGCCGCGGCCAAGGUUAUCCCCCGCGAUGCCCGAGACACGAAGAGUCCCGUUAGCCCCGAUGGUGCUCCUUCUUCACUCAGCAGGUCAGCGACGAUGUCGAGCUUCAUGGCGCCGCCAACACCGUCAGCGGUGUCGGGCAUUAUUAGCCCAACCGCUUGGCCUACCAGCGAGGCAACAUCCACGCAUCAGCAGCUGCUCGACCUAGCACAUAAGCGGAUUGCUACCUUGGACUACCUGCGUAAAGCGCACGAGGGCCGAAUCUUCUGGUUCACAACAUAUUUAUUCGAAAAGACUGACCUUGCACGCAUACCUUCAUAUGAUCCUAGAAAGCUUGCGCGCAAAGCGACCAACUUACUUCUCCUUGGCCUCUCGAUACCUACCAUCAACGACCUCUACUCCUCCACACCGCUUGAAUUCCUCCGCUGCCUCAACAGCCUCUUCUCCGAGUUCGACUCUUUCCAGCAACUACACAGCGACUCUGCCAACAGCCUGACCCGCGCGCGGCUUCCUAACAUGUUCCGCCGACCGGGAGGCAAGACGCGGCGCUCGACAUCAGUAGCUGACAUCGGAGAUGACGCACAGGGCCUUCCGGUAGGCGGCGCAGCGUCCAUGCCAUCGUUUAUGAACUUUGCAGCAUCAGAAUCCGAUCUUCUUCCUGGUGAAGAAUACACAUACCUCCUCACACCAUCGCUGCCUUUCGACCCUGACUUUUUCGAAACGUUUUCCACGCUCUGUGACGUUCUAAUCGACUGCUACCAACGAUUCUUGACGUUAAUCCCAACAUCUCGCGAAUGCACAGCGCCCGUUGCGGAACUGUUUAGCAAGGCCGACGCCAAAGUCAAGAAGUUAAUCGUGCAGGGCGUCAUCAAGGACUUUGAGGAACAGAGUCGGAGUAACGCCAAGGCAGAAGUUUUGAACAUUGGCAAAGUCGUUUUGGGAGGCUUGAUAUAACUUUAUACAAAUGAGUUGGCGUUUUGACGGUUUCGAGGCUUUACUAUCUGGGAAAGACGUUAUUUUUAUUAUUCUUCGACUACGGGAUUGGAGUUUUAUCGGGUGGGUGGCCAUUAGCCAUGUGCAUGUGAGAGGUUUGGGAUAAUGAAUCAUGUCAAGUGUAUUUGAUCUUGCUCUUUCUUGCCACUUCAAGAAAGGCAGAUGUUGUCUAUAUAUAGUACAGUGUGGCUGUUAAUACAAUUCGGCUUUACUUGCCUAAAUGCUAUGUCUUCUUCGUGCCGCUCGCCACCUUUUGCUUCUCUUCUUCCUCUGCUGCGACCGCCUCGAUUUCCGUCGUAAUGAGCCACUGUGUCGCAGCAUCCAUGAGCUUGUCAAGGUUAUCACCGCCUGCAACUACGUCUGCGAGAUUAAAGACAUCCAGGCCUGCUCGGUGAUCUGUAACUCUGUUCUGGUUGUAGUUGUAGGUGCGGAUCUUGUCGCCACGCGUAAUCUGCGUCUUGGACAGGACACUGUUUCGAAGACGCACAGCUUCUUCUUCACGCUGCUCAACACGCUGACUUGCAAUUCGAGAGCGAAGCAGGCGCCAUGCCUCUUCACGAUUGCGCUGCUGCGAUCGGUGAUCCUGCAUCGACACCGUCGUGCCUGUAGGCCCGUGCGUCAUUCGGAUAGCCGAUUCUGUCUUGUUGACGUGCUGGCCGCCGGCGCCGCGGGCUCUCAUGGUCUCAAUCUUGACGUCUUGCGGGUUGACGUAGAAGUCGCUCUCGGGGUCGUCAAAGUCGCUCUCUGAGGCAGUAGACUCGGCAAACGACGGCAGAACCCAGACGGCUACAGCGCUGGUGUGCAUGCGCCCCUUGCUCUCUGUAUCUGGUACGCGCUGUACCCUAUGCAUGCCAGCUUCGAUGCGGAAGAUGUCGUAUGCGCCUUCAGAAGCAACCUCCAGAAUGGCUUCCUGCAGCGGCAGCUCGCCUAGUGAGGACGAAGAGUCGCCAGCCCCGUCGGACAACUCGUAUUUAACCACAUUAACCUGGUAUCCGCGUCUUGCGCAAUGUGCCUUGUACAUUUUGAACAUGGAGUCGGCAAAGUAUCGGCCCUCGAGGCCGCCGGGGCCAGGUCGGAUUUCGAUAAGACAGGGCAGGUCGGCGAAUGCGUGACGCUUGGUCAAGCUGGCUGAGAGCGCGCGCUCCGUAUCGUCUAGUUUUGAUUCUUCGAUUUCCAGCUCUUCCUUUGCAAUAGCGGCGAGAUCGGCAUCUUGUUCGGGAUCGUCGACCAUGGAUGACAGUUCAGUGAUGGCGCUCGUGACCUUGUCCCAGUUGCGAAGCGCCUCGGCCACUCGUCGUAGCUCACCUACGCGCUUGGCCUUCUUGCGGUCGAACUCUGCAUUAAGAGACUUUUGUAAGUCGUCAUGCUCGGCCGCAAUCGAUUGUGCUCGUGCGAUGAGGCUCGGUGCUAGGCGAGAGGUUGCUGUGUGG